CUUUAGCUCCCCAAGUCCCAUUUCCCAACCCUAAAAAUCGAACUUCGAAUAUAUUAGGAUUUAGGGCGAAGUCGUCUUCGCCGACUGGAACAGCCGACGUAUUCCGUGUUUGUAACGUUUUUCUUAUUCCUAUAUAAUAUCCCCAUCUAUUCACUGUUCUCCUCUCCUCUCUCUCUCUCGGAAAAAUGGAAGGUUUGGAAAAAAUGGAAGGGUUGUCAUGCAACGCCUGCAACAAAAAAUUCGAUAAUGAAAACGAUCAGAAGCCCCAUUACAAGUCCGAAUGGCACCGUUACAAUCUCAAACGGAAGCUUGCAGGAGUUCCAGGAGUAACAGAAGCUCUCUUCUUAGCCAGACAGUCCACACUUGCUGAAGAGAAGAACAAGCUAAACGGGCCCGCUAUGAUGUACAGCUGUCGCCUAUGUGGCAAAGGGUAUAGAAGCGCCAAGGCUCAUGCUCAACAUCUUAACUCUCGGGCCCACAUAACACGCGCUUCCGAAGAUGGUCAAGAAGAGGAAAAUAAUGCAAUAAUAAAACCACUUCCACCCCGUAUUGUAAAGAAACCUGUUAAGCAGCAAGAGGAAUCAGAUGAAGAAAGUGAAGAUAGUGAAUGGGAGGAAGUUACUGAGAAAGAUGACGUGGUUGGUGACAUGGCAUCACCUUCUACACAUAUGGAAGUCAAUGAUGAUGAGGAUGAUAGUGAUGAUGACAUGGAUGAGGAUGAAGAUGAGGUGGAUCCAACAUGCUGCUUUAUGUGUGAUAAAGAGCAUAAAACUAUUGAAAGCUGUAUGGUUCAUCUGCACAAGCAUCAUGGGUUUUUUGUACCUGAUAUCGAGUAUCUGAAAGAUCCAAGUGGCCUUCUCACAUAUCUUGGACUGAAGGUGAAGCGUGAUUUCAUAUGUUUAUAUUGCAACAGCAACUGCCAACCAUUCAGUAGUUUGGAAGCAGUUAGGAAACAUAUGGUGGCAAAAAGUCAUUGCAAAGUACACUAUGGUGAUGAUGAUGAAGAAGAAGAAGCUGAGCUAGAAGAGUUCUAUGAUUACACCAGCAGUUACGUGGAUGCAGAUGGGAAGCAAUUGGUUACAGCAGAUGGGACAAGUGAGGGUAUAGAACUUGGGAGUGGUGGGUCCGAGCUUAUAAUAAAAACAGUAAAUGAAAAUAAAGUAUCAACAAAAGCAAUUGGUUCAAGGGAAUAUUUGCGUUAUUAUCGCCAAAAACCACGCCCAUCUCCAGAUGGUGUUCCCAUUACAGCUGUAUUGGCUGCAAGGUAUAGGAGCAUGGGGUUGUCGACUGUGCAAUCGAAAGAGAACAUGGUGAGGAUGAAGGUGAUGAAGCAGAUGAACAGAUCAGGGGUCGAUUUUAUGCGUUCCAAGAUGGGCAUGAAAAGCAAUGUCAUCCGGAACCUUCCAAACAAUGUUACAUAUUAAGUCCUCCAUCUUCAUCUCCAUCUCCAUGUACUACCGGCACUUUGUGUUUUUUUUCUCAUAUCCAUAUAAUAUUCUUACCAGUACCCCUGG